AUGGUAAACGACCUUAUUGAACGUGGGCCGGACGUCGAACCCCAUCGCGAUAGGGAACGAGACCGGGACCGAGACCGAGACCGAGACCGAGACCGCGACCACGACCAUGACCGUGACCGCGACCGGGGCCGGGACCACGAACGCGACAUCGACCGCGACCAUGGCCGUGGCGACCGCGACCGCGACCGACACAAGGAACGCGAUUGGGAACGUGACUAUGAUCGCCGACCUGGUAAGAAACCCCGCCUCAGUCUGGAGCGUCCUGGGGCCCAGGGCUCGCCUGGCGCUUUCACCCCGUCCGGUUCAGGCCGCGGGGGUGGCUCCCCGACUCCCCUUCCGUCUUCUUCUCGAUUACUUCUUGCGAACCUCUCGUACAAUACCACCGAAGAACAGCUUGUUGACCUCUUUCGUGACGCCGGCGCGGAGGUUGACAAAGUUCGUCUUGUCAAAGUCCCGCCGGAUAAUAGGGUCAACGGAAAUGCCUUCGUUUGGCUAAUGGAUUCUCGAUCCGUCGAUAUUGCCCUCGGCCUAGAUGGAAGGGAGUUUUUAGGGCGCACACUGCGUGUCUCCGACAUGCCUGAAGACCAACGCACAGCGUGCGUCAGAGGCUUGCGUCCGAGGUCAACAUCCGAUGAUGUGCAUGAUUUGUUCCGUGGCUGCAGCAUUGUUGGCGUCAGAAGCAGACCUGUCAAGGGCGGCCCACCAGACGUGAAUACGUGGUUUGUUGAUUUUGGAGACGAGGAGAGCUUUACUCGUGCCCUGGCGAAGGAUCGUACCGCCCCCGGUUUGAUGAUUUGCAUUGCCACCGCGCAGGGCAGAGGCCCGCGCUUGCCGCGGGAGAGGAUUCCCGGUCCCAGAGAUGACUACGACCGCGGUGGCCCGCCUCCGCCGCCGCCUCCGCCGCCGCGAGGUGAAUAUGAUCGCAGGGAUGACAGAGACAGGAGGGAUGAUAGAGAUCGUAGAGAUGAUCGAGGACCGUACGACCGAGCGCCGCCGGUGCUUGACGUGGAUCCAAGGGAGAGAAUGCCGCCGCCGAAAGAGCGCAAUGGCAUGGGCAACGGUGGCCCGCCACCUCGAAGCAAGAGCAGAAGUCGCUCCCCCAGGGGUGGGUACGAUCGCGACCGUGGAGGUUCGAGCAGAGAUCGUAUUCGUGAUCCUAUGGAUAGGGAUUACGACCGUUCCCGCAGAGCAGAUUAUGACCGCGGGUAUCCUCCUCGUGGCCACGAAAGAGAUCGUAGGAUUUCGCCUCCACGGGACGAUCGUUACCGUGAGCGCGACUUUGAUCGCGGCAGGGAUCGAGACAUGGACCGCAGGCGUGACUACCGCGGUGACCCGUGGGCAGACAGGGAGAGGGAUUAUCGCCGAGAAGGGAGGGAUCGAGAUACGGACCGAGAUCGCGACAGAGAUCACGAUCGCGACUUUCGCCGUGGUGACAGCCGCGGGGGUCGCUAUGAUCGUGACAUUCGUGAAGCCUCCCGCCAUGCCGAACAACGUGACAGACGUGGUGAUCAGGGGCUGGAUCCUGCUGUGACCGCUGUGUUGACAAACUUACCGUUCUGUGAGAAUAGGCAACAGGUUAUCGAUACCCUCGGUCGCACUUUAGAAGACCUGCCAGAUGCACUCAAGAUCCAGGACAUUAUUCCUGUUGGUCGCCGAUGUGGUGCCUGCGUUGUUGUCUUCCGCGAGAGCGGAUCGCAGAAUCGCGCCGUCCAACUCCAAUCAAUCAGCAUCAACGGACGGAAGGUGAACAUUCUCCCGCUCGAAGUUCCGUCUAUUGCGCGUGUCCAAAAACUCUCGCAUGGCUUUUCUGUUGAAGAUAUUCUUGACGACAUACAGCGCCAUUACGGUGUCCGGACCUUGUUUGUCAGGACGAAGCAAUCUGAUCAACUUCUUCUUGGUGUCGAAGACUCUCGUUUCCUAGUCCGUCUCUUAGAUAUUGAUGGUCGUCGACUUGUCAAUUCCCGCUAUGCUACCGUAUCAUACAUUCCCAGCCGCCACCACUCUGACGGAAUGGGUGGCCGAGGCCGUCCGUCGAGAGAUGCAUAUGACGAUCCUAAUGGACGGGGUGGGGGCUACCGCGACCGCGAAAGUCGCGAUGACCGUGGCAGUCCGGGUAAUGAACGGAAGCGCGGUGGUGAUCCGGGCCCUGGUCUGGAACGACGAGAUGUUGCUGAUGAUGCCCGCGGGGCUGGUGACUCUCACGGCGAAGGUAGGUCUCGCUCACAUCGUCCUGAUGAGGCGGGAUGGGAGGUCCGUCUUGCGGAACUGCCACCUGCUGCUGAUGACCGCGAACUGCUAAAUGCUUUCGAAAACGCUGGAGUAACUGGGCUGUCCUUUGACCGUCAUGACCCACGAAGUGGUUUGCUCCGCUGUGGCAGUGCGCGGCUGUCGGAUAUGGACAAGGUUAUAGGCCUCGUGAACCGCAAGGAGGGCUUCCUCUUCAAGAACUCCUCUUCAAAAGCCACUGUGAUAUCUCGCGGCGGGAAGAGGUCCCAUGCAGAAUAUGAGUCUGACGGUAUUGAGAAGCUUGGUCACUCUCCGCCAAAGAAACUGAAGACCAGCUCUGAAGUAGAAUGGAAAGCACAGGAAGAAAUGGGGUCUCUACCUCCGGGGCAAGGAAUACAAAUAUCACCCAUGACACCGUCCCCAGGAGACUACACACUUCCACUGAAGACAAAGAGGGAGCCGCUUGAUCCGAGUCUGCCAGACACAGUCAAACGCCUGGAGAAAGUGCGAUCAAACAUUUUGGAGCGUCCUCCUGAAGAUGACUCUUCUGAAAAUUACGAGUCUUUUUGCCGGUCCCUUCACGCCUUGCGGGAACCACAAAAACUCAUCCAUACCAUGUCCAAUACGAUUGAUCCCAUUCCUCCUCAGGUAUGGUCGGGAAGUGUGAGGAAGGGUCCGACGAGUCGUUGUGACGGCUUUCUGGUAUUGAAUUCGAAUCAGAGUGAAGAGGCGGUGCGCAAGACAAUUAGUGAACUACCGAAGGACAUCAAAAUUGAGCACCGCGGCAAAUGGGAAGACGAGGCCUUUGCGCACCUGUUGAAACCAGAAUCAGUGGUAGUCAUCCUGAAGGCGGCGAAGGAAGAUGGAAAAGUUGAUAAACGGGCGGAGAAGAGCGGGUCUGCGAUACCGAGGUCGAAGGAUGUUCUGAAUGGAAUAUUGAGGUCUCUACGUGGGAAGCAGAAGAUGGGUAUUUCCCGGUACACUCUGCCAGGGCAGAGUAAGAAGUAUGUCGCUUUAUGCAUUCCGCCGAAUCCGUACAUGUUUGAGAAGUUGAGGGUACCUUGGCGCGCUCGAGACUACGCCGGGCAUGACUCUCUACUGCUCAUCGUGGGCCCCAAGAAUCCAGAGUCAUGAUGGAAUGCUCGACGAUACCCGGGACGGAGACACGAGACGUGUCAUGUGCACUGGUUUGAAUUGUUGCUACUGUAGAUGGCGCAGGUUGACUGGACCUGCCUGCUGCGCGACGAGGAUUAUGGCGCAUUAGAGUAAUUUUUCUAUGGACCAAUGAUGAUUGUACCUUCAAGAAAUAGGGAACCUCUAUGAAACUUGGCAUGCCUUUCGGGAUUUUUGACCGGUCUGGAAUCAGUACCGAGGAACGCACUGCGCCGCGGAAGUAUCAACGCGAGGCUGGACAUAUGGAGGGCAUAUUGUGCGAACGCGAGCAUACCAUGAGCAUAUAGGUGAAAGAGGCGCAGUAGCUUUUUUGGCGAGCUGUUUGCUGUGGACGACUUGCAAUAGAUGCACGCCUCUCUGUUUUAAAAUGACUUGGUAGGAAGAUGUCACGGUUGAACGAUCCUUGGAAGCGUUGUUCCCUGCGGUGAGCGAUUAACUGGAACUGCUGUGAUGGUGACUAGUUGCAGAUCCGAGCAGGUCUGGGUUGGUUUCUGUGAUGGCCUUGAACUUUAUCGAACGACGGGAAACCGUGUGUGGAUUCCAGCGGUGUUAUGAUGCUUUGUUCGCUUAGCCGAUUUUGCCGAAUCAGAGCAACAUUUUUCUGAAAAUUGAAGACAAAAUGAUCGCAGUUUCGA